GCGUGGGGCAGGCGGGGCCGGACAGGGUUGGGACUGGGCUUGGGGUUGGGGCCGGGGAUGCAGCAGCAGGGCGGACCUGUGGGGUUUGAGCCGUGGCGGAGGGAUGGCCAAUGUGCGGGUGGCCGUGAGGGUCCGGCCCCUCAGCAAAAGGGAGACCAAAGAAGGGGGAAGAAUUAUUGUGGAAGUUGAUGGCAGAGUGGCAAAAAUCAGGAAUUUAAAGGUGGAUGGUCGACCUGAUGGCUUUGGCGACUCCCGGGAGAAGGUUGUGGCUUUUGGCUUUGAUUACUGCUACUGGUCAGUCAACCCAGAGGACCCCCAGUAUGCAUCUCAGGAUGUGGUGUUCCAGGAUUUGGGGACUGAAGUUCUAUCUGGAGCUGCCAAAGGCUACAACAUAUGCCUUUUUGCCUAUGGGCAGACAGGUUCUGGGAAGACAUACACCAUGCUGGGCACCCCAGCCUCUGUUGGACUGACACCACGGAUAUGUGAGGGUCUCUUCAUCAGGGAGGAUGACUGCACCCCGCUGCCUUCCUCCUGCAGAAUAAAAGUCAGCUUCCUGGAAAUCUAUAAUGAACGAGUGCGGGACCUGCUGAAGCAGUCUGAUCAAAAAAAGUCCUAUACCCUUCGGGUCAGGGAGCACCCAGAGAUGGGACCCUAUGUACAAGGUUUAUCUCAACAUGUAGUUACCAACUAUAAGCAAGUAAUUCAACUCUUGGAGGAGGGGAUAGCAAACAGAAUCACAGCAGCAACCCAUGUUCAUGAGGCCAGCAGCAGAUCCCAUGCCAUCUUCACUAUCUACUAUACACAGGCAAUCCUGGAGAACAACCUCCCCUCGGAAAUUGCUAGCAAGAUCAACCUUGUGGACCUAGCAGGCAGUGAAAGAGCAGAUCCCAGUUACUGUAAGGACCGGCUUACUGAAGGAGCCAACAUCAACAAGUCUCUCGUGACUCUGGGAAUCGUCAUCUCCACCUUAGCCCAGAACUCUCAAGUGUUCAGCAGCUGCCAGAGCUUCAGCAGCUCAGCCAGCGAUGGUGGCAACAGUGGGGUCCCUAGCUCUCCUUCCGGGACCAGCAGUGACGGGGGACGCUCCCGGAGGCAGUCUUACAUCCCGUACAGGGACUCUGUGUUGACCUGGCUGCUGAAGGACAGCCUUGGAGGCAACUCCAGAACCAUCAUGGUUGCCACCGUGUCUCCUGCACACACUAGCUACAGUGAGACCAUGAGCACAUUGAGAUAUGCAUCCAAUGCCAAAAACAUCAUCAACAAGCCGCGGGUAAAUGAGGAUGCAAAUGUGAAGUUGAUCAGAGAGCUCAGAGAUGAGAUUGGAAGACUGAAAGCCAUGCUGCUGAGCUUCGAGCUGAGAAACUUCCAUUCAUUGAAUGAGGGAAAGGAAGAGAAUCUGAAGGAGCUGGUUCUCCAAAAUGAAUUGAAGAUUGACCAGCUGACCAAAGACUGGACCCGGAAGUGGGAUGAGUGGAAGGCCCUUGUGGAGCAUUACAGAGUGGACAUCAACAGGAGGAGAGCUGGGCUGGUCAUCGACUCCAGCCUGCCACACCUGAUGGCCUUGGAGGAUGACGUCCUCAGCACAGGUGUCGUGCUCUAUCACCUGAAGGAGGGGACAACAAAAAUAGGAAGGAUCGAUUCGGAUCAGGAACAGGACAUUGUCCUGCAGGGUCAGUGGAUUGAGAGAGACCACUGCACCAUCACCAGUGCCUGUGGAGUCGUCAUUCUGCGGCCGGCCCGUGGGGCCCGCUGCUCAGUCAAUGGCCGGGAGGUUACCGCCUCCUGCCGUCUGACCCAAGGAGCCGUCAUAAUCCUGGGGAAAGCGCAAAAGUUCCGAUUCAACCACCCAGCUGAGGCCGCCAUCCUUCGGCAGCAGAGGCAGGUUGGAGAGGCUGUUGGUGGCAGUGGCUCUCUGGAAUGGUUGGAUUUGGAUGGAGAUGUCACUGCUUCCCGGUUGGGUCUCUGCCCCUUGCUUUGGAAGGAAAGGAGAGCACUGGGAGAGCAGAUCGACGAGGACCACCGGCCACCGAGGGCUAGAGAGACACCUCACAGGUCCCAGGUUCAGCAGCAGCAUCGCUAUCUGGGGGAUGUGAGGCAGCGAAUCCUAGUGGGACAGAUUAGAGCCCAACAGGAACCGGAAUUGGUCGGGGCAAGUGCCGGCCGACAGAUAAAAGAGGACCAUCAGUGGCUGCUCAGAGAAGAGACCUGGCUGCCACAGCAAGACCAUGUAGCAGAGAAAGAACUUGAAGCCCCUGUGCCAUCUGAUUCGUGGUGCCAGACAGACCCUGAGACUCAACCAUUCCCCCGGGUCCGAAGCCAGAAGAGGCUGGUGCACCCACAGCUCCUGCGGAAACACGCACUUCGGGUGGCAGAGCAGAAGGUCAAGUGGAGAAGGGCCUCCUUUCAGCUGGAGAGGAUUGUUAAGAGGCAGAGGCUGCUGGAGGCCCACAGGAGGCCGGAGCAGCUCAGGGCACUGUGCUGGCUCCAGGAUGACCACCCCCGGAGGCCCCUGUUCCAGGCCCCCAACCCUGGUGCCCUGGUCUCAGGGCCUCAGUGUAGAAGCACAUGGACCAGGUGCAGUUCUUUGAGCCUCCGAAGGCCCUGUGGCCAGCACUCGGCCCAGCUGCGCAGUGUUUUCCUGAAUCAGGAUUCCUCCACCACGUUACCUCCUCUGCCUGACCCUACUGACCAAUUAUCAGAGAAAAUCCCCUCAGAAGAGUAUGUACCCCAAGCUGCUUCCUACCCCCCAAGGAUGGUGCAUUUCAGCAAGCAUGCCCUCUGUUCCUCAGGCGAGGAGCAGCUUUGCACAGCCAAGAAGGGCCUGGUCAAGAAGAGAGCCUCAGCCCCAGGCACCUGCCUCACCACGAGCUCCGGGUCUGCCAGCGAUCAGCAAAUUGAGGGAGUGGCCCUUACAGAGUCACUGAAGCUGGAGGAGCCCCAGUGGAAGGAGCAGGAUCUCCCAGAGCCUGAGAACUCCGAAAGUGAUGACAGCCAAAUAUCUGCAGACUCGCUGGCCGAGAAGGGGUACCAAAGCCCACAGGACAGCCCAGGGGACAGUUAUCUCACCCUCGGCCGCAGCCACCUCAGGGCCAGGGCUCAAGCCUCUGUGAAGGGCUUCACCACAUCCUCAGGCAGUGGACUACUCACCCAGACUCACAGGAGCUUUUCCCUCGAUAGCCUGAUCGGUGCUGAGGAAGAACUGGGGGAUGAUCAGCAAGAGGAGCCUUUUCUCAGUGCUGGUGCUGCUGACGAGAUGCCCGCAGAGACUUUCUGGCACCUGCAGACCUUCAGUCUGCCAACAGGGGACAAGGAGGCAGCAUGCAGGCUUGGUUCAGUUAGCCACAGAACCGGAGCCAGGCUGGACACUGUCCUGCCAGUGAGCGGUUCAUUUUACCUGGAGCCCCAGCCCCGCUGUGAGCAGCCUGAGUUGGUGGUGGAGGCAAGCUCCUCAGAACAGGCUGUGCAGCUUUCAAGAGGGAGCCCUCUGGUGUCCAUGGAUUCCUGGUUCUCCUGUGACUCCAAGAUCAAUCCCAGCAGCCCCCCAGAUUCUUUAUGUCCAAGUCCUAAUGGCCAGGAUUUUCAGCCCUGUGGUUGGGAGAGGCCUGGAUACUGGCGAAAUAUGGAGGCACUGAAGUCAUCAGGUACAGAAACAGCCCUGCCCCACAGCCCUGGGGCUGAGCCACCCUCCUCUGUCAGAGGUGUGUACCCGGUCCCUGCUUCCAAUUCGUCCAGGCUGUCCCUCUGGGGCUCUUCCAGGCUUCUGCAGCCAGGAGUUGAGGGCACCUUUCAGGCCAGAAGUGUCUCUGACCCAGCCCAGCAGGGCUUCUCUGAAGCAUCCAGCUCGAGUGGGUCAAGCUUGUUGGCUGCCUCUGCCACCUCAUUCACUUAUGUGGGCAGCACCCGUGAGAGAGACUGGGCUGCCCUUCAGCAGAAGUACCUCCUUGAACUGUCUUUUCCUGUUUUGGAGGCCACAGGAGAGCCCCGGCCAGUCUGCCCCUCCCUCCAGGAAGACUCUGGUUCCCUGACCCAAGUUUCUGGCAGGGGAGGAGAUGCUGUAUUGCCAGUUGGUCCUGGGGUAUCUGGCAGCCUGGAUGUCAACAGUUCUCCUGUCCAUCUGUCCAAAAUUAGGCGUUUGAGAGCAGAGAAAGAACAGGACAGUCUGAGUGUUGAGGUAGAGGGUACUUCAGAUUUCUUUACAACUAGUGAGAAAGAGGUGAGUUACAGUGGAGCUUAUUCAGCAGACGUAGAAUCAUCAACUUCUGGAGCCACAAAUGCCCGGGUCUCUGCAGCCGAGAGCAGGAUAGAACAUUCCAUGAUGGAAGCACCAGAAGUCAAGCAGAACAGCUUGGAGGUAUCCUCUCAGAGUAGUGAGAAACCUGGACCGAUAACUUCCUCUGAUGAAUGUUUUGUCCUGAAGAACCCUUGUCACCAUAUCGUCACCAUAGCCACCAAAGACCCCCACUGGCCACAAGCAGAGCAAUUAGGUCAGAACAGCCACCCCCCCUCACAGGACGAGAAGACAGACUCCCAGGAGAGCUCCAAGGAGGCGGGUGAAAGACGCAGCAGGCUUUCCUUCACCUUCCCGUCAGGGCCAGAGCUGUACCUCCAUUCUGCUCCCUGGAAUCCACUCCCAUCUUCCCUGCAGCCCCCUCCCUUGGAGACCUUCUAUGUGACCAAAAGCCGGGAUGCCCUGACAGAAACCGCCUUGGAGAUCCCGGCUUUCAGAGAAGUGAGGAUACCUUCCCCACCUGCCAGGGAAGCCUGGGGCUUUAGCCAUGAGCACCAAGUCCUCCAAAAUGUUUACAUGAAGAAAAAAUCACCAGUGUUGUUACCGAAUUCCAAGAUUACCUCAUCUCAGCAGGUCACAGAGGAGAGGCCCAUUGAUCUGACCACCAAGCAAGUCUGCAGAGAAAAAGGAGAAAGACCUGGAAAUGUUGAAGAAGAAAGCCAUAAUUCAGUUUACUUUUUUGUCACUCAAAACAGACAUUUUCUUCCAUCUACCGAGAUAAAAAUAGGUGAAUUUGAAAAUGAAGCUGGAAUUUUAAAUAAACACAGGCUUCCAACGCUCAAGCCAGGAGAAAAGGCCUACUGCAGUGUUUCCUCAAGCAGCUGUGGGUCUAGAGAGCCUCUCCUUUGUGAAUCAGAGGCAGAUAAGGAAGAAGAGCAGGGGCAGAAUGCAGUCUUCAGACAGUCCCAGGCCUUUGACACCAAGAGACAGUGUCCUUCUGGGUUCAGGUCUGAUUUCAUCCAUAGAACCUUCAGUUUAGGCCUUGACAAGGACAUGCAAGGGGAAGAUGCUCUUCCCCUGAAGUCCAGAUUGGUACAUCAUAGAGUAAGCAGCCCGGAGACCUCAGCCCAGGAUGAGAGGCCAGCCCACAAGGGGGAAGGGAAGAAUGAACCCAAGCUUCUUAGAAAAGCUCUCCAUCCCAGAGACAGCUCCAGAGGGUUUAAGCUUCCACAGGCAAAGUCUGCCUUUGAAAGACUCCACUCAGUUACAUGCUCUCAGGAAAGAAGCCUCGGUGAACGUAUGGUCCCUGCAAAGCCACAAGAAACUUGGCUAAACCCCAAGGAAGAACCUCCUGGAAAGAAGCGCAAUAAAAGAGUUAAUAAUGCUGAUGAGAUGGCUAGGCUAAUUAGGAGUGUAAUGCAGCUGGAAAACAGCAUCUUGGAAAUGGAAUCCAGGCAGAGUAAGCAGCUGUGUGCGUCCUACACACUGGGAGUCAGUGGGGAGUGCGUGUCCCAGGACCAGAAGCACCAGGAGAUGGCCAAUGAUGUACUAAGGCCAGGCAGCUCUGGAAACCACCAGUCCUUCAAGGAUCAGCCAUCUGCUCUAAGAGGGACAGCUGAUGUCACCUUUGGGGACGGUGAAGCCGGGGAGGUGGAGGUUCACAGUAGAGCUGGGAAAGAUCCCCAGGUGUGCGACGCCAGGUCUGUGAGAGGGCACACCUACCCAGCUGUGUUAGACAGCCCCACCGGGGACACUCUUGACCAUUCAGGGAUCUGUACAGUUUUCAGAGAGCCUACCGGCACUGGUGCUGAUCCAAGGAGAACAAAAGCACCGGCUGGAGCUGUGUCAUCGCAGCCCAGGCCUCAGAGGACUUCCGAGGCAGGCAGGCAGUCCUGUGGCUUGGGAAGUCUGGAGGCGCUGGAGGUUGUGAAGGGAUUUCAGGAAAGCCAACCUGCCAAAGGCGUGUAUAGCUCUAAGCAAGACGAGCUGAAAAUUCAGGGCCGAAUUGAAGAAAUGGUUGUAUCAAGAGGGAGCCUGCACGAGGGAAACAGAGUGGUCUCAUUGACUCACAAACUCCCUGGGCCGUGCCAGCAUUGGGAGGACACAUUUUUCAGCCAAGAGAGCAGCCUGUUGCUGAGCCAGCCAGACUCCUGUACGGCUCCUCGCCAAGACCUGAGUAAUACUUUGCCCUUGAAUUCAGCAAGGCUGCCAAGAAGCUAUCCUCAUGCACCUGAUGCUAUAGGCAUCCCUUCUGUUGUCUACGUGCUGGAUCCCACCAUGUUGAAAAUGCCCACCAGCCCCUUGGUAACCGGAGUGAGGUGUCAGGACCAGAGUGGGGAUCCUGGAUGCCACGGCCCGCGGGGAGACAUUGGAGGGGUCCCCUCUGUGGCACACCCUGCUUGGGCUGGGUCUGUGAUAUCCAUGGCUGCAGGAUCUCAUGGUCAGUCCAGUGCACCAGAGAGCAUUACUCUGGGGGCAGAGGGCAGGAGAUCAGAAAGCACCAGUCCCCAGGACCACAGAGGGGACUUCAGAAGCACCUCAAUGGGCUUGAGUAGCAGGGCAGGUUCUCCAUCUGAAGCCGAGACAGCUGUACAAAGAGGACCAGAGAGAGCCAGCUCCCUGAACAGGGCCUCUGGCCCACUAGAAAGGAGGGCUGGCUGCCCCUUAGAAGAGGGGAGCACCCGAGGCCUGGUGAUGAGCCAGAAGGCGGAGGAGGAGGCCAAGGACCCUGGGCCCACCUGUGGUUUUUUCUCAGCACCGGCGUCCCUGCGGCAGGUGCCUCAGCCAGAGCCCUCUGCCCGUCCACCCUCACGCCUGGUUGUUUUGGGAGAGAUGGGACAGGCAGAGGCCCAGCGGAAGCAGCCUCAUGAUGUGGUGACUAGGGGCACAGUCCUUUGUUACAGUGAGACUUUGUUAGAACCUGAAGGUUCUUCAGGGGCCCCUGGCAGGCCUCAGCAUCCACAGAUGUCCCAGUCAAUGUCAGACAGGGCCAGACAUGAGGGGGAAGCACAGGGACUCCAUGUGGCACCUCUCUCUGCUGAACCAGGACACCUGUCCAUUGAUGAGAGGACAUCCGUCCUUCAGGCCACACCCCCCUCUACAGACAGCUUUUGCCCUCUGCUCAAUGCAGACACUCACCCGGGGCCACAGUGUCCCUCACGGCCUUCUUCUCGUGCUGACCCUGCUCUGGGUAAAAGCCAUCGUAACGGGAAAUUGGAACAUUUCCUGGGAGCAGGUGAACAGUCUGUAUGUCACUCUACCUCUUUUGAAAUGAUAGAGCAAAAAGAAGCAACCAGAAGAUCUUCUGCUGAUCCUUUGGGCUCAAACAGUCUUCCUCCUUCAGCAGCUGUGGAGGAGGCCAGGAGGGUAAAAACAGAGGGAGUAGAGGCUGCCUUAGCUUCUCAAGCCCCUUGUGAUGAUGCUGGUGGGAUUCCACGUGGGGGAGGCCAAUCCACUGCCCAUCAGGAGGCUGCUGAGGAUGUGUCCUCUGGUGGUCAGGAGAGCAGCCCAGUCCAGCAAGAACCUGGGACUCUGGACAACAUGAGGGAAGGAGGUCCUGGUAACUUCCUAAUGUCUGCACAGGGAAGAAAACCAACCAGUUUGGAAAGUCACCAAGAUGUCCAGAAUCCUGGCAGCCUCUCAGGGCCUAACCAAGGCCAGGUCCAAUGCCUUGAGCCUCCCACCGGCUUGGAAGGGAGGGUGAGUCCUAAGCAGGGUAUUGUCCUGCCUGGAGCCCUGAGGGGAGUGGAACCCGAAGCUCCCUUGCAGCAGCGUGUGAAGCAGGAGGGCAGUGUCAGCUCUGGGCCGGCAGAGGACUGCAGGGCCGGCGGGGAAGGUCCCAGGCCAAUCCCACUGCUAGCUCCCAGCCCCGGGGCAGUUAGAGAGGACACCCCACACCGAUGCCUGCAGCAAAGCCCAGAUUCUGUUGUCUUCUUGGGGAGCACUGGAGGCGGAAGGACCCUUGGUCCGUCUGGGGGGCUAGGAGGCAGCAAAUCUCAUCCUCCCCAGCACCUGUGCAGCCCCCAGCCCAUUGCUUCCCAGGGCCAUGCCUCCCCUUCCUCCGAUUCACUGUGUUACAGAGGUGGUGACGGGCAGCUGGGCCUCCAAGGCUGCCCCACAUAUGUGUCAUUCACCCUGUAUGGAGCCUCUAGGGGCUGGGGAGUGGACAAGAGGGGAGAGCGCCAUUGCAGGGACCCUGACAUGCUCUUGGGACACGACCUUGAACCCAAAGACAUUAAUGUGGAGUUGGGGCCAGCAGACAGCAGCCCUCUGGAGCCCCCAGCUGCUGCUGCUGACCUGCCUCUGGCUCAGGGCUGCAGCUCCCCUUCUGCCCCAGAUGUGAGGACAGGUUCCCUCAGCUGCUCAGUUGCUGAUGGAAGCUCCAGGUCAGUUGGAAAUCCUGAGAAAAAGCUUGAGGAGAGGAAAGCCAGCACCGAGCUUGAGGCUGCCGCUUUCCGCACAGGCAGGAGCUCUGAGCCACCCAGGGGGUUUCAGGACAGUUGUGCUGGUGGCCAAAGUGCACAGGGCUCUCAACCCAAACCACAACAGCCCUCAACAGCUGGUGGACAACACAGUGAGCCGCUGGUGGGGCCACAACAUGGAUGUUUGGGAAACACCAUCAGUUGCCUUCCAGAGAAGACACAGCUUUCUACGGAGUUCAGGGAUCACCGUGGCUUGGAUCCCAAAGCCAAAUAUGUAGCAAAGUUUAAGUACAUCCCCAGUCCCCAGGCUGACAGCCCCUGGGAGGAGGAGGAACAGCAGAGAGACUGGGCUUCAGGUGGUGGUGAAGACCCUGCCUGGAACAGGAGCCCCCCGCCUCCUGAGGAAGACAGCUCAGACAUCCGUCACAUUGGCGGUACAGGCAGAGAGCAGAUGGCUGAGGCCAGGCCCCCUGUGUCCAAGACACUCUCAUCAGGCUGCAGAGGCUCAGCCACUGUCCCCUUGGAGCAAUGUGGAGCACCUCAGCCUGUGGCCCGGGUUCCUGCACAGGCCUCUUCUGGCGGGGACCAGCCAGCGCCCCACCACCGGUGCGCCCUUCCUGUGCUUGCUGUCUUCUCUGGCCCUGAACACUUGAGACCCCAGUUCUCUGUGAUCAGCUCUUCCCAGUCACUUCAGAAGCUGAACUUGAGCGUGGAGCCACCUUCCCUCACAGAUGAGGAUGUGCAGGAGCCUAGCAGACUAUGGACCCCACUUCCCGGGGGCUCUUCCUCAGGAAUGUCUUCGGUGGCAAGACCAUCUGUGAAAACUGAGGGCUGUGAUCAGGGAGCCUCCGGUGAUUUGGACAAGAGCACCGCUGAUCCCAGGCACCUGCCACCUGCGCCCCCUCCUCACCCAGGGAUGGCACAUCCCCCGUGUGUGCCAACCCCCAACUUCACGGCCAGCCAGCUGUCUGGUUCUCUGGAACAGGCCUGGCCAGGAGAGCCAGAGAGACUGGGUGCCCAGGCCAGACCUGGGGAGCUAUGCUCUGGAGCGGGCACAGAAGACCUGCUCUUUGGCUCCAGCGAUAUCCACCCCCGUGUCCUGCCCUGGCAUCCCGCGGGGCCUGAGCGUGUUGGCUGGAAGCAGUGUGUGUUUGGCGGUAUGGUCGAUGUCUCCCGGGGCUGCAAAUCCCAGUGCUGCAACACGGAUGGCGUAGAAGGCCAGGACUCCGCAUUCCACUCCUGCCCCAGUACCUGCGCCAGCGCCUGCGGCCUGGCCAGCACACACAGCACCGAAAACACCCAAGGUUCCCAUCAGGCCUGGAAAGUGUGGGGUUCCUCGUUUGCCCUGGGGAACCCCUACGCGCUGGCCAGCUCUGGAGGGACAGCCCCCACCAAGGGCCCUAACAAAAGAGUCCAGUUCCUGGGCAGCCCUGGUGAAGCGGGCUGUCUGAGGAAGGAGCUGCCCUUGACAGAAGGAAGUGCUGUAGGUCCAGUGGAUGAGGUUAUGAUGUUGUGUCCCUCAGAGGCCCAUGGCCCUGUGGGACCGCCUGGGAUGAGCACCUUGGAGCAGGGCACACAGACCCUGGGCUCCGGGCCCCACGGGAACCAUCCUGCCAUCUGCUGUGCCCAGUCAGAUGCGGCCUCCUGGGCCAGCAUGCACAGCCUGUCUCUCCGCCUCUCGCAGCUCCUACACAGCACCUCAGAGCUGCUGGGGAGUCUCUCCCAGCCAAGUGUGGCUGAAAGGGAGUGGAAUACCAAGAGGGAGACUCCAGAUGAGGCGCCCCAGGCCCUUAUGAUGGACAGCUGUACCCAGACCACCAUGGAUGAGGGAAUCCAGACCGACCUGGCCUCACCACCUCUGCACCUCCAGGCCCCAGAGGCCAACCCUCAGAAGGUCGAUGUAGUCCUCGAGGGGCUGGGCCCAGAUAUUUCCAUCACAUCGCAAGAAAAGGGACAUGUCCUGGGGACACUUGAGAAAAGAGAAGCAGAGGAAACAGUACGGAAAACUGUGGGGCUGCAAGAUCUUCAGGAAGAAAGCACUCAAUGCAGGUCCCGGAGCCCUCUAGAACCCUCGUCCCACUUGAGCUUUUGGAAAGGCUGCUUUGGGCAGAACCUGCCUUCCCUGAGCCCCCAGGCUUCUCCUGAUGCCUCCCCACCUCCCAGCUCCCAGCCAGAGGAACCCUCUUCUCUGGCUGGCAGCAGCCCUGGCACAGCUCUCCCCUCAAAGCCUUGCACCCACACUUUGGAGUCUCUUGGGGAGCCCAGGGUUCUGAAGAAGCAGGGCCUCUCAAGUGCCCUGCUGGUGGACAGGGCCUCCUCUCCCAUCCUUACCCUUAGCGCCCACACCCAAGGGUUGGGGCUCCCCUCAGGUGCUUUGUGUCUCAGCACCCCCUUGGCUCAUUCCCUUGAAGGCCACCAGAAGCUCAUCUCCAGCCCAAGCCUUCCCCUUUAUGCCCCCAGGCCUCCAAUGGGUAAUUCUCAAGCCACCGAUGAGUCAGCUGACACUCAGAGAGUGGGGGCUCUGUGUGGAGAAGGCAAAAGUUCCUCAGAAGGGGGUGAUCGCAGGCCCUCCCAGGAGGUGAGCUCCCAAGGCAGCCCACGGCCAAGCGCAAAACUCCAAGUUCGUUUCGUGGAGCAGCCCCCACGGGAGCAGCAGCAGCAACAGCAGCCGGGGACUACCACUGGGGGCCCCAGCAGACUGCGUCCUCCACCCACCAGGAGCCAGACUCACAGGCUGGCCCUCGGCUUCGGGCCUGAGGACACGGCCUCCCUAGAAUGUGGCCCACUGAGCAGUAGGGGGCCGAGUCAACGGUGGAGCAGGACAGAGAAUGGGUGUGUGAGCUCAGCAUCUCCAGCGGAGCCACGGCCUGCUCUGCACGAUUCCUUCUCCUGGGAAGGCCUCCAGCGCCACAGCCCCUGCCCUUUCUCUGAAGUGACUCAUACUCCAGGGCUCCAGGGUUACAUCUUGGGCCCAACUGAGGCCUGCCAACCUGAGGGGCCACUGCACCCCAGUUCCCGGAUGUGCAUGGACCAGAACCUGAGGGACCUUCCCAUGCAUAACAAAUUUAGCGACUGGUGUGGGGUUCAGGAUGGCUCUCCCAGGGAGCCAGGUGUGAUGGAUUUGCCGGGAACCGGGCGUGACUGUGGCUCUGGAGAGCAGGGCCAGAGGCCCGCACAACCUCCUGAUGACCAGAGCCAGGCCGAGUGGUCCAAGAGGGAGCAGAUCCCCCUGCAGGUAGGGGCCCGGAGCCUCUCACUCAGCGUGGAGCUCACAGAAGCGAAACUGCACCACGGCUUCGGGGAGACAGACGCCCUGCUGCAGGUGCUGCAGAGCGGGACGGGGGAGGCGCUCACUGCUGAGGAGGAGCCACGUACCCGGUCAAAACAAGCCAUGGAGAACCUGCCAAGGGAGCGGGCUGGGCCCCCUCAGAGCUUUCGUCGGACGCGAAGCCUCAGCCCUCAGAAGCAGCCGAUCUCCACGUCCCACCAGGAUCUCCUCACCCGGGACUUGGACCUACCCAGCAGGCGCCGAGAAUACCUGCAGCGGCUGAGGAGGGACGUUGUGGAGACCACCAGGAACCCACGGUCAGCAUCAAGGUCGGCUCACCCUCCCUCUGACAUAGAGCUGAUGCUACAAGAAUACCAGCGGGCCCGCGAGGAGGCCAGGGUGGAGAUUGCCCGGGCCCGGGACCGACUGCGGGAGCGGACGGAACAGGAGAAGCUGAGAAUCCGCCAGCAGAUCGUCUCCCAGCUGCUGCAGGAAGAGGAAAAACUCCACACACUGGCCACCUCCAGCUCCCGGUGCACCAGCUCUGAUGGAAGCCUCUCAUCUGGUGUCACCUCCGGCUACAAUAGCAGCCCAGCCCUGCCAGGCCAGCUCCAGUCCCCAGACAUUGUGGCGGACACAAACUCACCUGAUUCCAGAGACGCCUGGCUCGGGGAUGUGCGGGGCCGCUCUGCAGGGAGGAACAGCCAGCCGAACCUGGCCGGGGCUGCCUGGAGAAGCUUAGUCUACAGCCGCAGAGCCUCCCUGGGCAGCUGGUGCUGUUCUCCCUCCAGCCUGUCCAGCCUGGGGACCAGCUUCUCCUCCUCCUACAAGGAUCUGGCCAAGCACAUCGUGGACAUCUCGAUGGCUGACGUAAUGGCUGCUUGCUCAGAUAACCUGAACAACCUCUUCAGCCGCCAGGCAGCAGCCGGCUGGAACCAUCAGGGUGAGGAGCAGGAGGUGCAGCUAUACUACAAGGUGUUUUCUUCUACUCGGCAUGGCUUCCUGGGGGCGGGCGUGGUGUCGCAGCCGCUGUCUCACGUGUGGGCAGCUGUAAGUGACCCCACCUUGUGGCCCCUGUACCACAAGCCCAUCCAGACAGCGAGGCUGCAUCAGCGGGUCACCAACAACAUCAACCUGGUGUACUUGGUGUGCAACACCACCCUAUGCGCACUGAAGCAGCCACGGGAUUUCUGUUGUGUCUGCGUGGAAGCCAAAGAGGGGCAACUGUCUGUCAUGGCAGCUCAGUCUGUGUACGAUGCAUCCAUGCCCAGACCCAGCAAGGAGGUGGUCCGAGGAGAGAUCCUGCCCAGUGCCUGGAUCCUGCAGCCCCUCACUGUGGAAGGGAAGGAGAUCACCAGAGUCAUCUACUUGGCCCAGGUAGAACUUGGUGCUCCAGGAUUUCCCCCUCAGGUCCUAAGUGCCUUCAUCAAACAGCAGCCACUGGUUAUAGCCAGACUGGCUUCCUUCCUUGGUAGUUAGCAUCUCACUGUCAAGAUGGUGCUCCAGGACGCCCCCGGGACACUGCGGCAGCUCUCAGGACUCUGUGUCCUGAGGCAGGAGCUGAGACUACCCGCUGUGGCAGACAGCACUCAGCCCCGAGCUGCCAUUGAAACCCCGUCACUCUGGCACCUCUGCAGUAUGAGGGGCCUGAGCUCCUGGCCGUGGCCGUCCAGAGUGAAUGAAGCUCAACUCACCUUUUCGGAUUUCUCACCUUUCUUUCCCGUCUCUGGGACCCUGUGGCAGACAGGCCACGCGAGGAUCAGGACCGGGCCCAGCCAGGAGAGCUGGGGGACUGCAGUGCUCUGCCUCGGUGCUGCCUUAGUUUGGUGCAGCCCUCGGGUUGGUAGGGAAGUGAGUGGCCACUGGCGAGACCCUGCUCAGCAUCUGCCUUCAGCGUUCAGCUCCACUGUGGGAUGGAGUGUUAGGAAAUAGCAAAACAGGAAAACAGUUCUAAAAAACAGCUGCACAAACCAGAACACUGAUUUAGAAUGUUUGUCCUCCUUGAAUUUUUACCAAAUGCUUUAUAAUUGAUUUUGCUUUGCCCCCUCUACCUUUCCCUUGCAGGAGGGGACGGUUGUCUGGAUCUUUGUCUGAGUCGGGAGUCCUGAGCCAUGCUCUGUCAUGGAGCCAUCACUCCAGAGCUCAGGAGGGUGGGAAGGCCACUGUAAAAGCUGGUCGGAUAGAUGUGGGGUCAGGGUGGGGGCCUAGCUCUUUGAGGAGGGCUGGGGAUGGAAGGACACCUCUCCUCUGAGAGAUAAAAAUUGUCCUGUGAAGGCAGGUGGGAAGCUCAUGUACCUCCUAGAAGAGGUAAGUAAUUUGUUAAGAGGAACCUCUCAGUUUCAUUCCUUACCUCCCUCAGAGCCUUGGUCCCAGGCUUUGGUUGUCUCUUGUUCCACAGACUGCUGUAGCCACUUCUAGGAUGGGAUGGAGAAUGGGUCGUUUUCUUGUACCUUGGCCUGGCUGAUCUUGAGCUUUGAAUAUUCUGUGUGGUUACCUGGGAAUGUGGGGACGGGAGAGCUUCUCAGCUUCAGUUCCUGUGCCUGGAAUCUUUGGUGGAGGAGUGUGACCAUAUGGGAUUGAGAUGUGGUGGGAUGGUAAAUUUCUGAAUAGUACAGCAGAGAUUUAUUUUUCUAAGUGUUUGCAGGAUUUUUUUUUCUUACCUCAUAUUAAGUUAUUUAUAUAUUACUAAAGGUUUUUUUUUUUAAUUGCUUUUAAACUUAUUUUUCUGGUUAAUUUUUUUUGGUACCACUUGAUAUAUUUAACACCCUAUUUAUGUACUCCUAUCUCUUUUCAUAUAAAUCUCUUCCUAAGACCAUUGAUAGAAAAGGUCAGAACACUUGUGUACUUUUAUUCAAGUGAAGACUGCCCUGGGAGAGCCUAAGUGUGUCAUUUGAGCUCAGAAUUCAGCCUGGAGAUUAUGAUGGCAAUAACUGCUCAGGGCCCAGUUUCAAGCUCUAAGAGUUUACACAUAUGUACCAAGUGUUUCCUAUGAGCUCAGUACUGCUUUGAACAUAAAUAGCAACCAGAUUAGUUGCCCAGCCAUGGCCAGCUGUAGCCCAAAUAUGAACAUGAGACAGAAGAGUCACUGCCACACUCAGUGGUGACCACAGUCCCCUGGAAGGAAGGUCUAUAACAGUUAUGCACCUCUGGGGCUUCUGAGGCAGAGCCUGCAGUAGGAAUCUGAACAUGUAGCUGCAGCAUAUGGAGGUUCCCAGGCUAGGAGUCAAAUGGGAGCUGUAGCUGCAGGCCUACACCACAACCACGCCAGAUCUGAGCCACGUCUGUGUCCUACGCCACAGCUCAUGGCAACACCGGAUCCUUAACCCACCGAGCGAGGCCAGGGAUGGAACCUGAGUCCUCAUGGAUACUAGUCGGGAGCUCCAAAGUCAGGUUGUUUCCUCAGACUUUAUUGUGCACCAGAAUCACCUGAGGGACUUGUUACACCCCAGGCUGGCCCCUACGUUUGUAUUUCUAGGAAGUCCCAGGCGAUCCUGAGGUUGCUGGUCUGGGGACCACCCUUUGAAAACCACUGUUUUAGACAACUAGUAGCAGGUAUGUGGAAAGGAACCUAAAAACUGAUGAGUUCACUACUUCAUUAGCUGCCUGUCUCUGUAAUUCCUAAGGUAUCUCACUGCUUGCCUGAAGUAGGCCUUUAAGGUUCACACAAGCCAGCAUUGCUUCCUGCAACAGGCCUGCGCUGCUGGUCCCACCUCCUGUGAGGCUGGGUGUCUGUGAAGUAGCUGCUGCUUCCUGCAGGGCUCAGCUUCCUGGGACAGUGCUUUUGUUCAGCCUGAUGGGUGCAGAAAGAUAAAAGCAUUUCU